AUGAGUGAAAUAUAUGUAGUAGUUGAUAUAAAUACUACUUGUGACGAUACAAACACUUAUGUGACGAAGGAUUCCACGGAAAUCAUCGAAUUCUCGUGGUCGAUUAUCGAUAGUAAGACUUUGGAAAUCAUAAAUGAAACCAAAAAUCUUGUGAAACCUGUCAAUACUCCAAUCACUUCAUACUGUAAUCAAAUAACUGGUAUAACUUGGGAUCGUGUUAAAGAUAGUAAAUUAUUAAAAGAUAUAGUAACUGAUUUCGAAAAAGCCAUCAAAGAACAUGUUGGAGCUAAAGAAUUUUCGUUGGUUUCCAUGGAAGCUAAUGAUUUAAAAGUUCAGUUACCAAGGGAAUCAAGAGAUAAAGGGAUAAUUUUACCUCCCUUCUUACAACAUCCGAGAAUUUUUGAUUUCAGAAGUGAAUUUAAUAAAUGGCAAAUCAAUCACCCCGAGUAUUUGAAUUAUAAUGGUAAUUUGAAUGGGAUUUUAGUGGCUUUAGAAUUAGUUAAAUCCGAAGACGAUAAAUCCGAUAAAGAACUUCCAACUAAAAUAGAAGAUAAAGGGAUUACUUUAUAUUCAAAAUUAUUGAUCCAAUUAAUCAAAAAAUCCCCAUUGGAAAGUGAUAGUAAUGUGUUAACUAAACCUUAUGAUGUAGCUCAAGAUAUCAAAAUCUUCCUUAAUGAGAGAUCCAAGAUCAUUUAUUUAACUAAUUUACCUUUUGACACCACACAAUCUGAAUUAGAAUCUUGGUUCACUCAAUUUGGAGCUAGACCUAUUGCAUUUUGGACUUUGAAAAAUUUAGAUAAUUCUAAUUUGAAGUUCAAAGUUAAAGGUAUUAGUGGAUUUGCUGUUUUCAGUAGUCAUGAAGAAGCCAGAGAUUCAUUAUCAUUAAAUGGAAGAGGAUUAAAUGACAGAGUUAUUGAAAUUCAACCAUCAUCUACCAGAAUCUUAGAUAAAGCUAAUGAUUUAUUAACAGCAUUUCCUCCUUCAAAAAAUAGACCUAGACCUGGAGAUUGGACAUGUCCAUCAUGUGGAUUCUCCAACUUCCAAAGAAGAACAGCUUGUUUCAGAUGUCUGUUCCCAGCAACAAGCGCAGUCACAUUCCAAGAACAAAUUCAUCCUUCGAAUUUAAUCAAUAGAAAUAAUAUCAGUCCUGAUGGGGGUGAUAAACUUAAUAAUAUUAAAACAACUUCAAAUAUAAACAAUGUAAAUAGUAAUAAUGUCAAUGGUAUCAACGGUAAUGGGAACGGUAAUAAUAAUGGGUAUACAACUUAUGAUAGAAAUUUCCAAAAUAAUAAUUCUUCCGUACCUUUUAGAGCAGGUGAUUGGAAAUGUACUAAUGAAUUAUGUCAAUAUCAUAAUUUUGCUAAGAAUUUGGUUUGUUUGAAAUGUGGUAAUGGUAAACCUAUUAAUUUACAUAAUAAUAAAGUAAACCAACAUUCAGUUAAUUCAGCUGCUGCUGCUAUUGCUGCUGCCACAGCUUCUGGUCAACCUUUAAAUUUAAAUAUGUAUCAGAAUCAAAUGUCAAUGAACCAAAAUCAAAAUUAUAAUGGGAAUAAUAGUGGAAAUCUUAAUGGGAAUAUUAAUGGGAAUGUCAAUGCUAGAAAUUUCAAACCUUCAAUGCAUAUGUAUUCAGGUAACUUAUCCCGAACCAAUUCCAAUCCUCAAUCUCAAUUACUUAAUCAACAAUAUUUAAUGAUGAAUAGUAAUUCCCCUUCACCUUCAAUUAAUCUUAAUGUUCAAGGAGAGAUAUCUCAAGUUCCUUCCAAUAAUUCAUCCAUCGGUUCAUCACAAUCUCAACCUCAACAACCUCAAUCAAUUUCACCUCCAACUACAGCAACGAGAUCAAAUUAUUCAUCUAAUUCUCCUGGAUUAUAUCAAGCAUUCGGUAAUUAUCAAUAUUCAAAUCAACCUUUGAAUUCAAAUAAUGAUUAUCUUACUAAUCAAUUCAGUUCUUUGAACUUGAACAAUAAUUAA